AUGAAUGCCAGAGGUUCUAACAGUGCUACGGCCUUGCGUCGACUGAUGACUGAGUACAAGCAGCUCACCUCUGGAGGAUCGCCAGAUGGGAUGUUCACGGCCGGUCCCAUAUCUGAAUCAGAUUUCUUUACUUGGGAGGCUCUCAUUGUGGGCCCGAAGGAGACGCCUUUUGAAGGAGGAGUAUUUUCUGCGAAACUGACGUUUCCAACCGACUACCCCUUAUCCCCUUUCAAGAUGAAAUUCGAGCCUCCCUUGUUCCACCCUAAUAGUACGUUCCCUCUCCGUGUCUAUCCAGACGGGAACGUUUGUAUCUCGAUCCUUCAUACCCCCGGCGAUGACCCUACAAUGUACGAACAAGCAUCGGAGCGAUGGAGCCCUGUUCAGAGUGUGGAGAAGGUCAUUCUUAGCGUCAUUUCAAUGCUAGCCGAGCCCAACCUAGAGAGCGGCGCCAAUAUCGACUGUUGCAAGCUGUACCGAGACAACCGUCCCGAAUACGAACGUCUCGUACGAGAAUCCAUCAGGGAACAACUAGGAUUGUAA